UCCCCCUAUAUAUACGUUCUAAGAGUAUUGGUAGAGUAUCACUAGUAUGUACCUGAUUAUCUGAACCAGUCUGAACUGAAUAUCUUUAGUCCGAAUGGAAUAAUGGCCGUUUACAUCCGUGAUGGAGCAUAUAGUAUAGCGCCAUAAAGCAGAAGAAGAAGAAGAUGAACUGAAUAUCUGACAAGUUAGCGUCGCGCGCUUUCCCUCUUUAUUCGUCCAUGCGUCUUCGCGUCUGACGCUGACGCGUCAUAUUCUCGAGGACGCACCGAAGACGAUUUGAAGCGUAUUCGCCCGUGACAAGUCGUACGCGAGUUAUUAUUAUCGUUAUUAUAUAGUUAAUACCGACUAACUAUAUAAUACUAUGGAGAACGUUCGCUCGCCGAUGGAUAACCUCUUCAACAUGUUGUCGGGCUUCAGCGCGGGCCAGGAGAAGGCCCUGAAGCAAGGAAUCUACAAUGCCGUCGCACUCUUCUUCCUGUGUCUCGUUUCGGCGGCCGGCUACGGCCUCUACAUUAUCCUGAGUCCCUUCGUCAAACCCUUAAUCUGGGCCCUACUGUGCGGUUCCGUUCUCUUUCCGUUCAAGUGUUCGCUGGCCACAACGGUACAGUCUUGGUUCGCCAAAGUGGAAGCGUUGCAGACUCCACUGGUUGUCAACGUCGGCCUACUGCCCGUGCAUAUAUUCGACAAUGUCUCCGAGAGAGUGGGUUCCUUUCUGUGGACGCGCAUCAAGUAUAUUGUCUGGGCGGCGUCGCUGGCGUUGCUGGCUGCAGGCGUGUAUCAUUACACUCCUAACGUGAUAACAUGUCUUGCCUGGAGGACAUUUCAGGUCUUCACCGCCGUCUCUGGAUUUUUUAUUCUGACGUGCAACGUCUUUACGGUUUCAACUAUACUCAUCGGCUACUUGACAAUUCUAUAUAUUUACUGGACACCGUCAAACUCGAUUCGUUUUCGCUACAGUUCCUUCGUGAUAUGGUUCAUCAUCAGCAUGUAUCUGUCGAGCAUAGCAGGGGCUUACCGAGUCUUAGUCUUCACCGCUCUCCAAAUCCUCUGUGCAAUAGGAUUUAUUUACGAAGUAAUACUCAUUAUGGACAGUCAUGAGCUGAAUGGCAGGCACUUGACAUUCUCGCAGGCAGUGCGUUUCGCUUUAACAAACGACCUAUUGCCGAGCUCGCAAGAGGAUAAAUCCUCUUCAUCGCAGGGUGACGACCGGGCAAACGACUGUAUUCCCGAAGGCGAGAGCGUGGAUACGUCGAUUCGCUCUCGAGAAGAAACGGGAAGAUUGGCGUCCGCUGAUGUGGCGAGUAUCGAGAGAAUACGUAGCACACCGAGACUCAGCGUAAAGUCAAUGUCUUUAGAUACGGACGCCGGUUUAUCCUCCACAUGUAAACCUGCGCGUAACAUACAUUCUAUAACUCGUGCGACAUUACGCGACCGUUAUCUGCUCGGAAAAAUAAGGGCCGAAUUACGAACGUCUCUAGAUAUGCAGGACGACGAGGUCGACACCGACAAAUACAUGUAUGGGGCGCUAUACGCGUGUGCCGGUAUGCUUCUCUGGAAACACAGGUGGAUCACGCACAUUCUGGUGAUCCCACUGGUACAUUAUAUCGUCAAGCAAUUGGGUAGCUAUUUCGGCUUUUGGGAAAGGAUACUCGGGUAUUGUGACUCGACGAUACGAACGCUCAAGUCGUGGUCCAUGGAACGACAUCAAGCGCUUAUACCGUCCAAUAUCAGAGGUCUCUACAAAGUAAGCAUUAUUGUAGAUGAGAAGCUGAGAAACGUUCUGAAAGGCUCUGUUAAUGCGGUAGCGACUACAUCCGUUAUACUUGGCUUGAUCGUUUUCACCACUUGCGCAUCUAUUUUCAUCACGAUACAGAUCUAUGCGGAAGGCUUGCAUCUUGUUCAAGUAACGGGCGAGAUAUUGAAUUCCACUUUGAUGAACAAUCCUGAUAUUGAUUGGGUUCCAGAAAAGUGGGAAGAGUCCGUUAACAGUGUUUUAGAUAACGCAUAUACAUAUGGACGAAGCGCUAUCUCGGAUGGAAUUCGAGGUCUCAUGAAAGAUCUUGAACCGACGAAAGCGGAGCAGAUGGAGAAGAAAGUCUUGGAGCUUUGGGAUCGUCUCUAUCAGGCGUGGAUGAUGUCCAAUACGGAUCCGGAUCUUGUGGGUCCUACUGUAGAUGUUAUGUCUGCGUAUACCGCUUGGGAGAGCUUCAAAGAAAGCUUUGGAAAAACACCCCUACAUUUGUUCAAUAUGACUAGCAUACAGAAUUUUGCCAAAGAGAAUAUUGGCAUUUUGAUGUCGGUGCUUGACUCUCUCUGGGGCAUCGUCAAAGGCAAUAUGUCUGUGAUACUGACAGUUUUCACGGAGCUGUUUUAUAUCGUACUCAUGAGUGGAUCGGCGGUACUUAAUUUUGUACUCAGCACGGUUGUGUUCUUUACAACUUUAUUUUAUUUGCUCAGUUCCAGCGAUAAAACUUAUAAACCCAUCGAAUUGACAACAAUGUUUAGUCCUAUUAGUUGCCACAGCACGCUUCAUGUGGAAGGGUUUGCUGUAGCGUUACAAGAAGCGGUAAUUGGAGUAUUCGCGGCCACCUUUAAACUCGCUUCCUUCUUCGGCAUGUGGACGUGGUUCAUACACAAUUUAUUCCAAGUAAAGAUUGUCUAUUUACCGUCGGCCCUCGCGACUAUGUUGGGGGCAGUUCCUUUCUUAGACGCGUACUUUGCCUGCAUCCCGGCUGCCAUAGAACUUUGGUUUACUCGUGGAUCGAUGAUUGCUAUCACCUUUUUUCUCUUUCAUUUCCUCCCAUGUAACAUAGUAGUGACGGAAUUUUAUAAGGAGAUUAAAGGUGGUGGACAUCCUUAUCUGACGGGCCUAUCGAUAGCGGGUGGAAUCUUUUGUUUAGGCGUGGAAGGGGCUAUUUUUGGUCCUUUGCUCUUGUGUUGUAUUAUGGUUGUCAUCAAUUUAAGCCGACGUUACCUGCACUCGCCUGAGGAGGAAGCCGUGUUGUCGACAUAUCCCAACCAUGAAAGAACAUCUCAAUAUGAGCCAAAAUAACAUUACGGUUUUAAUGGGAAUCGAUAUCUCUGUUUAGCAAUAUCACGAGCUACGGGCUUGGCUCCAGCUUUUGUUAUAGAAUAUAUAUUAAAAGUUUGAUAUUAAAUAUUUCCUGAAAGUCAACGCUGUAUGAUGGCUGGACUAAACAUACAGUGUAAAUACAAAUGCGAAAGUUGUGCUUUAUAUACUUUUUUAUGUGAUAAGAGAACUAUAAUACAGGUGUCUCAGCUUACGCUUAUUAGACUUAACAGAUAUUUAUAUUGUAUGGAUAAUUAAAAGAAGUUAUUUUAUUAUUUAUGAGCACUCUUAAUAUAAUUUUUUUUUACGAAUUUAGUUUUAAACGACAAUAGAUUUUCAGUCUUCCACCAUCCUUAUAUCGAGAAUUUUACAAAGACAGAUCUGCGACAAUAUCGUUACAUUAGGCCUGUUUGUUUUCACUGCACUUCUGAACUAAUGCAAUAAGUUAGAAUGAAAGAAAAUAUAUUUGUUUCAUUCUUAUUGCACUAGUUCAGAAGUGCAGCGAAAACGAACAGGCAUAUUUAUGACGAUGUGAUAUAAAAACUUAUAUACACGAUACAAUUUUAAUUUAUCACAUUUCGAGAACGCUACGUGUUGUUUGUAACGUAUUGAUUAGUGUUAAGUGUGUAAACAAAAAACGUAUAAAAAAUAUAUAUAUGUAUAUUGUGGUACUGACUUCAAGAUUUAACAUUUAUAUUAUAUGUUUAUAUUUCUCAUGUCAAAUGUGUAACCAAAGAUAUGAUAAUAAAUUUUCUUAACAUUUAA